AGAAUAUAAAAGGUGUUGUUUAAAAAAAAUAACUAGAACAUAUUAUUAUUGUAUGCUUAUAACUGAAAAGGAGAAGAAAAAAGAGAAGAUAAAAGAGGCCAUUGUACAGUAGUAUUGUAUUUAUCAAGGAGACGGGAACCCGAUUUUAAAACAAUAAAAGUUUUAGUGGUGUAUAGCAGUAAAAAAAAAUCGAAAAAAGCAAAUAGAAAAAAGGUGGUUGGUGGUGAUUGCGAAAACGAUAGUGUUUCGAAACAAAAACAAGAAAAGCUAUAAAAAGAAAAAUAAAAGAUUUAUAUAAGCAAAGAAUUAUUGUCUAUAUCUCUAGACAACAACGAAGAAGACAACCAACAACGACGAUAAGAACAAAAUAAAAUAUUAUAAAAAUGGGUGAAGGCGGCGUAACUUGUGUAAAAUACAUCAUGUUCUUUUGUAAUUUAUUAUUUGCUCUAACUGGAUUAUUAAUGUUAACAAUUGGAGCUAUUGUACAAAUAAAUUACAUACACUAUUCAAAUUUAAUUGGUGAUACAAUAUGGACAGCACCAAUUGUAUUAAUUAUUGUUGGUAUUGUUGUAUUCAUAAUUGGUUUCUUAGGUUGUUGCGGUGCAUGUAAAGAAAAUUCAUGUAUGAUAUUAACAUUUGCAUUUUUAAUAAUUGUUAUAUUUUUGGCUGAAAUUGGUAUUGCAAUUGCUGGUUAUAUUAAACAUGAUGAAUUACGUGGUAUAUUAGAAAAUCAAUUUAAUUAUACAUUGGUGCAUUAUAAUGAACGUAAAGAUUAUCAAGAUACAUGGAAGGUAGCACAAAGUGAAUUAUCAUGUUGCGGUAUUAAUGGACCAAAUGACUGGGAAAAUAUAUAUCCAAGACGUAAUGAAUUACCAGCAUCAUGUUGUACAAUGAUAAAUUUGGAAAAAUCAACGGUAUGCGAUAUUGAACAUGCUCAUAAAGAAGGUUGCUUAAAUAAAUUAUGGAUAUUAUUGGAUUCGAAAACAGUUGCUUUAGGUGCUGCUGUGCUAGCAAUUGUAUUGAUUCAGCUCUUGACAUUAUUUUAUGCUUUCUGCCUAUUCAGAUCAUUUCGUCGAAGGUAUGAGACAGUAUAGAAAAUAAAUAGAAUUGUUGUUUAAAUUCAAUAAUAUACUAUACACAUAUAUAUAUAUAUACAUAUGUAUUCAUCAUGAUAUUAAAAUAAUAAUAAAAAUAAACACAUUCAAACAUAAUAUUGUAUUUAAAUAUAUUUUGCAUAUAUUUAUGUUUUUAUAAGGGAUAUAAUAUUUAAACAACAAAAUAAUAAUAAUAACAUUAUAAUAAA